AUUUUUAGCCAUUCCAAGCCGUGUCAGCUCUUUUUGUAGUUUGACAAGAUUUAGAUUCACUUCAAAAUGAAUGACAAGUAUAAUCAAUUGAUGAAACUCAUCAUUGUUGGUGAUAGUGGGACCGGUAAAUCAUCUCUGUUACAUAGAUUUAUUAAAAAUUCCUUUCCAGAAGAUCAAACUCAAACAAUUGGAGUUGAAUUUGGGUCUAAGAUUGUUGACCUAGGGGAUAGAAGAGUUAAACUUCAAAUUUGGGAUACUGCAGGUCAGGAGCGGUACAAAUCGGUUACUCGCAGCUAUUAUCGAGGUACAAUAGGUUGCCUUAUCGUUUACGAUGUGACAAACCGUGCUUCGUACGAAAAUGUGCCGAAUUGGCUCAAGGACGUGAGAAGGCUUUCUGCAUCUAAUGUUACUAUUUUACUUAUAGGUAACAAAACCGAUCUUAUAAAAAACAAGACUUGUGCCGUGCAAUACAACGAGGCCGCUUUAUACGCUCAACAAAACAGGCUUCUCUUUUUUGAAACAUCCGCAAUUACAGGUGAUUUUGUUGUCGAAGCUUUUUUAAAUGUCGCAAAAAACGCAUUACAUUCUUUACCACCUUCAAAUACAUCUGCUGAUAUAAGUCCAGUAGAAAUCUCCAGGGAAUCUGUAGGAAGGCGAAGUACUUGCUUAUGCUAA